AUGGUUAUAUUAAAUAUAAAAGAAAGUUCCGUACAAAAUAAUACUAUUUUAUUACCACCAACAGAUAUAGCUUCAUAUAAGUUUCCUUUUCAACCAUAUGAUAUUCAAUUAGAAUUUAUGAAAAACUUGUAUCAAGUUAUUGAAAAUGGAAAAGUCGGCAUAUUCGAAAGUCCAACUGGAACUGGAAAAUCUUUAAGUUUAAUAUGUGGUGCUUUAAAAUGGCUUAAAGAUAAUGAAGAACGAUACGAGAGAGAAGAAUAUUCGAGUAAUACAAGAAUGGAAAUUACUAAUGAACCAUUAUGGGUUAUAGAAUAUAGUAAAAAUAAAAAACGCAAAGAAGAAUUAGCAAGAAAACAAGAAUUAAAUGAAAGAAUUCAAAAGAUCAGAGAUAAGGAGAAAUUGGAAAGACAAAAGGCCAGUUGUCAAACAAUCGACGGUAACAUUUUUCGAAAGAGAUUGAAAAAGGAUCAUAGUGGUUUAGAUUUGAAUCGAAAUAGAAAAGAUUCUGAUAUGGAAGAGUAUUUGGUGGAAGAGUACCAUAGUGAUGAUGAAACUGAGAAUCACGAAGAAAAUGAUAACAUGUCCGUGCAAGUGAAAGAACUUUUGAAAAGAUUUCAAGAAGGUAAAAGCCUUGAAAACUUUGAUAAUGAUAAAGAAACUCGAGAACAGGAUGAGGAAGAACCUGAUGAAAUAAAAAUAUUUUAUUGCUCUAGAACACACUCACAAUUAACACAGUUCGUUAAUGAGCUUCGUAAAACUGUAUAUGCGGAAAAUGUAAAAUGUGUUUCUUUGGGCUCAAGGAAAAAUUUGUGUAUUAAUGAAGAAGUUAGAAAUUUGAAAAGUAUGAACAGAAUUAAUGAAAAGUGUUUGGAUAUGCAGAAAGCAGGUACAAAGCCUGAAAAAAGAUGUCCAUAUAAUUCUGCAAGAAAUCAAUCACAUAUGUUGGAUUAUAGGGACCACGUAUUGGCUUCGGUACGCGAUAUUGAAGAAUUAGUUGAUAUAGGCCGUGAAUUGGGCGCAUGUCCUUAUUAUGGUACUCGAAAAAGUAUUAGGCGGUGUCAGAUUGUAACUCUCCCUUACAAUCUAUUGCUUCAAAAGUCGUCACGAGAAUCAAUGAAAAUUUCACUUAAAGAUAAUAUUGUUAUUAUUGAUGAGGCUCAUAACCUCGUUGAUACAGUAACUUCUGUUCACACAAUUAUAAUUGAUUUACCGCAAAUAGUGAAAGUACGUUCACAGUUAAAUGCGUAUCUUGAUCGUUAUAAAAAACGAUUAUUGGGAAAGAAUGUGAUGUAUAUCCAACAAAUUUUAUCAUUGUUGGAUGCUUUAAUAAGAUGUUUAACAGCAUUUGAAAAAAAAUGUGAGGAAAAAGGAAAAGAUAAGGAAGGAAUGAAUUAUAUUAAAACUGUAAACGAUUUUUUACAUAUUUUGAAGAUUGGGGAUUUAAAUUUGUUUAAAAUUGAAAAUUAUUUGAAAAAAAGUCAAGUUGCUAGAAAGUCGAAUCAAGAACUAACGAAUCUGUCAACACUUCCAUCAUUAAGCCAAAUUGAAGCGUUCCUGAUGUCAUUAACUAAUGGCAAUCAAGAUGGACGCGUCAUUCUUGGCUUCCAACAAAUAAUUGUUCCAAUUGAAGGGAAACGAGAAACGACAGUAAAAUAUAUACCUAAUAUCAAAUAUUUAUUGUUAAAUCCUUCAAGUCAAUUUAAGGACAUAGUAGAAGAAGCUAGAAGUGUUAUUUUAGCUGGUACCAUGGAACCUAUCGAUGAUUUAACGGAACAAUUAUUUCCAUAUCUUCCAACACAAAAAUUAAGUAAAUUUUCAUGUGGACACAUCGUACCACCCGAAAAUUUAUUGACUUUAACGCUAUCAGAAGGUCCUAUGGGAGGAACUUUUGAAUUUACAUUUGAACGUCGUGAUAAUAUUAAACUGAUUGAUGAAUUAGGUCAAACUAUUAUAAAUCUUUGUAACGUAAUACCUGACGGUGUUGUAUGUUUUUUUGCAUCUUAUACUUAUCUGGAACAAGUACAUGAACGAUGGAAACAAAAUGGAAUUUUGGAAAGGAUAAAAAAACGCAAAAUGGUUUUUCAAGAACCACGCGAAACACAAUUGGUCGAAAAGAUUUUAAAACAAUAUGAUUUACAUAUACAUUCUUCUAAUAACAAAGAUGGUGCAUUAUUGCUUUGUGUCGUAAACGGAAAAAUGAGUGAAGGAAUGAAUUUUUCAGACAGAUUAGGAAGAGGAAUAAUAAUGGUCGGAUUACCAUUUGCAAAUUUAACUUCGGUUGGAUUAAAUGAAAAAAUGAAAUUUAUGAAUCAAAUUGGAAAAACUUCAUCAAAAGAUAACAAUUCUUCACAACGUGGAAACGAAUAUUACCAGAAUCUUUGUAUGAAAGCGGUAAAUCAAUCAAUAGGUCGAGCUAUUCGUCACAGAAAUGAUUAUGCCGCUAUAAUAUUGAUUGACAAACGGUUUAAUACUAAUAAUCGAAUUAGACAAAAAUUACCGACAUGGAUAAAUCAAAGUGUAAUUGAAUGUCACAAAUUUGGUCAGGCGAUCGGAAAAGUUUCUGGAUUUUUUAAAAAUAAAGUUCAUCAAUUUAGUAGUAAUGAUUUGUAA